CUGGACAGCCACGUUGUGUAUCGCGAAUCGUGUGGUGAUGUUUGACGAUGAUGAUGUCGAAGAGAGUCUGAAACAGGUGCGUCUUAGCCUGCUGGGUCGAUUCUUCAGUGAAGCUACCCUGAAUCGUGUGGUGUUCCAGCGAAUCAUCAAUGGUCUCUGGCGGUGCCAAGCCCCAGUGACAGUGCUGGAAGCUUAUCGUGGUCUCCUUCAAUUCCUCUUUUCGGAUGAUGGUGAUAGAGAGAGAUUCUGUUACGAUCCCCCCGGAUAAUCAAGGAUCAUGUUCUUCACUUGGAUGAAUGGCGUCUGGUUACUCCUGAGGUGGUUCGAUCUUUGGCAUUUGUACCGAUCUAGAUCCAAAUGCGGGACAUUCCAUUCCACUGCAGGACAAUGCGCUUUGGAAGAAGGAUGGCUGGGCGAGUUGGUGAGGUGUUGGAGGCUGGUCUGUUUGGAGUUCAUGGAGACCCUGGGUUCUUCUUCAAAGCAAAGGUCCUAGUUGAUCUGGAGGCUCCUCUGCGGACCAGGUUAUAUGCUAGCAAUCAAAUCCAUGGAGGCUUUUGGAUUAACCUAAAUUAUGAACGUCUCCCACUCUUUUGCUAUAAUUGUGGUCAGGUUGGUCAUGUGGAACGUCAGUGUGAGGGUGCUCGAUUCCAGGGCAAUGAGACUUAUGGGGCCUCUUUGUCGGUGGAACCUGCUGGUCAUCGCCUUGAUGAGCAGACGUUGCUACCAGUGCGUGCUGUUUGGGUGGACCCCAAUGUUGGAGGUGCAGGAUCGAGCUUGGGUGGAGCUAGCCUAGCAGCUACUGGUGAUGUGCAGAUGGUGGAUCAGCCAAGGAUGCCUCCCCCAAGACCACAAGCGUCUGGCAUUCCUAGGCCUGGUCCUCAACCUUCUCAGAAGCAACGGAGGCCAAAUUUCCCAGUUGCUGGGUGUCCUAAUGAUAAUCAUGUUGUUGAUCCUGAUUUUGUAGGUGUGGAGACUUUUCUCCAAGGCCGGUCCUCGCCUCGUUUACGCUUGGAGGACUACCCGGAGACGGGGAUUCCCCCGCGACAAGCUACUGUCCCAGUUGAAGUUGCUGAUAAUGUGUCUUCCUUCCAGCCGAGUGCACCGGUGGAGAAAGCUCCUGACCUGCCAGGGAGGUUGACAGCUGCUGAGAAAGGGAAAGGUGUGCUGGCAGAAGGGACUUCUCCGAAACAGCCUCGUCGUCGUUCCCAGGCAGCGGGUAUUGUGAUCAAUGAAGCUGGCGGGAGUCCUCGUGUCACUCCCCCUCAGCCCAAGCCGGGGUUUCGGAUGGCACUGGGUGAGUUGGAAGAAAUGUUGUUCGAGAGGAAACGACCUGUGGAUGAAGUUAUGGAAGAUGGGGAGGAUCCCUCUGGUCCGCCCAAGCGCUUGUGUGUGUCUGAUGAGGAAACGGAUCCAAAGUCGGUGGAGGAAGCCAACCGGGAGUGGCCCCACCCCGAUAAAUGAAGAUAUUGUCGUGGAAUUGUCGCGGGUUGGGACCGCCUGAGACAAUUCAGAGUCUAGUUGGUUUGAAUAAUCGUUUUGUUCCAGAUAUUGUAUUUUUGUCGGAAACCCUCUCUCGACAUCGUACUGUUUCUAAUCGUUUGAGGGGUUUAGGCUUUGUUGAUUUUGAUUUAGUUGAUGCGGUUGAGUCGGCAGGAGGUCUUGUCUUAGCUCUUUACAUUGUAGAUUUUGGUUGCGUACCGCUUUGGGCUUUGGCCCAGUAUUACUAACAUCGUUCUAGUCCACUUAUCAUAGAAAGGGGAUGGGAAUUGGGAUGGAGGCAACAAGGGGCGGCAGGGAAACGGAUGAUGAAAUGGAAAUUCGGAGACUUAAUUUAUUAAACCAAUACUUCAAUUUCAAUACAGUGGGAAUAAAUCAUUUCCUUCAUCUCGAAGAUGGUUCGCGGUGUCUUGCCAACAAGUGAGGCACUGAGUACUCGGGGGUGGGGGAUGGAGCAAUGUCCAGUCUGCGGUGAGGAGGUGGAAUCUCUUGAACAUCUCUUCUUCCGCUGUCGGGUAGCGGUGGGGUUGUGGGAAGGGGCGGGGCUUAUGAACAUUCAAGAUCGCUUCCCCCAAUGCAAUGUUGGGAUCUUUUGGCACAGGUUGCUCGAGUGGCGGGAGCUUGAUCAGGGGGCCCUGAUGCAUAUAGUAGCUCUUUUCUGGCGUAUUUGGAAGGCCCGAAACUGGGUGGUCUUUGAUUUUACUCAGUACAUUGUUCCGGUGUUGUUAUCUCAAUUUAGUUUGCAGGUUGCGGAGUGGGAGGACAUACCUACAAGCCGGGGUAUUAGUCGUUACUCAGAGGGCUCAGGUGGCAGCGGCCGUGAGGCUGUUCCGGUGGGUGAGUUCGUGAUGUUCGUGGAUGGAGCUAUGGCGUCUGGUUCUCAUGGAGCGGGAGGUUAGGCUCUUCAGGAUCCCACGGGCAUGGUGGUGGCAGCAUCGACAACAUUGUAUGUGGGGAUUUCAAAGCCGGCUUUUGUGGAAUUACUGGUCUUCCGGGAUGCGCUUCGAUGGUGCUUGGCGUAUGGGUUCCAUUUGAUGACUUUUGCAGGUGCGCCCAAGUGAUCAUGGGGAAGAUCCGGGAGGGUGAGGUAGCUGAUGUCCAUGGAGGUACGCUGUUGGAAGAGAUUCGAAGUAUGCGCGACUUGUUCUAGGAGUUUCAGGUUAUUUUUGUGGGUCGGGAGUUUAAUAGGGUUGCCCAUUUGGUGGCAAGAAAAGCUCUUUCGUUGUACCCUUCUUUGACGGGGUUCAAUUUUGUUUCUUGGCUGUUUUCAGCUAUGUGACUCUUUUGUAUCUGGCUGUUUUCUCGGUUAUACGAGUGAUCUUUUAGCAACAAAAAAAAAAAUCAUUU